AUUAAAAAAUGAUGUGGUACUCACUAACACUAUUAGGAAUAGACAUUUGAUCAUAUGUGAUUAUUAAACCUAAUUCCAUUUAUUUUGAUUUUUAGUACAUUUUAAAUUCUUUUAUAUACAAUUUCUUAUUGUGGACUAGCAUUAAGAAAACAAUAUGAGACAGGAUCCCAAUUUGGUGAUUUAGGUAAAGAAAAUAAAUAAAUUGACGUCAAAAGAAGAUUAAAAAAAAAAAAAAAAGAAGAGGCCCCACAAGUCGUUCAAAGUACAAAAAACUUGAAGGGUUUUGAAUCAAAUCUAAAGAGCAAGGAAGCAAUGUAGUUUUAUAGUUAGCUUUCCUUUUUCAAUGCUACUGUGCUCUUUCUGACCUUUCAUUUUCCUUCUGCUCUUCACAGAGCUGCUCUUCUAAACCCUAUCGCCCCAAUAGUACACUACUAUGUUCUAGCUCCUUACAAUAAUAUCACAAAUAAUUCUACUCCCCUCCAUUGGCCUCUUAUAUAUGAUCAUUAUUUUGUUAAUAUUAGCUGAACUUAAGAUUAUCAUAUACUAAUUAAAAAAUAAUGAAAACAAAGUUGAAUGACUUGCCAUAAUACCACACAAAUAAUCAGAAAGAGCAGUGAAAACGGUGAUUUACUAAUUUAUAUAUUUGUCCUCCAUGCAAUUCCAUGCAUCUUUACUUUUGCAUGAAUAAAGACAAUGGUUCUCUCUCUUCUCAAUUUUCUCGCCUUUCUGCUGAACUUCAUAUCUUCCCAACUAAUAAUCCCUUUCAACUUCAACCUUUCCUCUGCAGCCAUAAUUCCUUUCAACUACCAAACGCUUUCUCCGUUCUCAAUUCUCAAUUCAUAGCCUUCAAAAUCCUGACUCUAGCCCUCAACUAGUUUCUCAAUUUUGUUGCAUGAGAGAAUCACAAUGCAAAGCAGAGCCGUAUUUACAUACAUAUAAAAGGCAAGCAGCCUAGCUUUCGCUUUCAAUAUCACAUAACCCCUCCAUAUUGCCCCUUCUGCUCUGCUCAUAUAAAUGGAGUCAUUACUUAUUAGUAAUUACUAAUAAUAAUUUCCUAUUGACUUUGUGCCUCGAUAACUGUGCUAAGUUGUUGCUGCUUCUUGUGUUUUGCUGUUCUCCUUCUUCGAUCUCUCUGCCUAUAUACUUCCUUAGCUUUUCUAUUAAACACUAGGCAGAUAAAGAGGUCAGAAUUCUUACUCUGCUUUUUGUGCUUUUUCCUCACCUUGUUUUGAGCAUAAAUUUAGCAUCUUGUUCUUCCAGUGGAAACAAGAAACCCCUUUUGGCAUUUCGCUUGAUUCCCCAUCCUUUCUUUCAUUCUUCUUCUCAUGCGUCCGUUCAUCAUCUGGGUUUAGUUGAUCCUAUUUUGACUCGAUACCUGUAUUAUAAUCAUCAUGAUGAGCAUUAAAACUACCGUUAUUAGUCGUGCCAUUUUGGCUGUGUUCAUUCUCUUUGUCGGUUCAAGGUGUUUUGGACAAACAGAAGAAGCCGAUGUGGCUGCGGCUCCAAUGGAGAAGAAAGAGCUUGAAGCACUUUACUCUACCAUACAAGGCUUUGUUGGUAAUUGGUGGAAUGGCUCAGAUCUCUAUCCUGAUCCUUGUGGCUGGACUCCUAUUCAGGGUGUCUCCUGUGAUAUGAUAAAUGGUUCCUGGUAUGUUACUACCUUGAACAUUGGACCUGUACAUGAUAAUUCUCUUACUUGUGCCUCGAACUUGGAAUUCAGACCCCACUUAUUUGAGCUUAGGCACCUUAAAGUCUUGUCUUUCUUCAAUUGUUUUCAAUCACCAGACAAAUUCCCAUUUAACAUCCCCAAAGGAAACUGGGAGAAACUGAGUUGCAGCUUAGAAUCUCUCGAGUUUCGAUCCAACCCGGGUCUUAUUGGAACCAUUCCUUCCUCUCUCGGUGUCCUCAAGAACCUUCAAUCUCUAAUACUGCUAGAAAAUGGCCUAGCAGGUGAAAUACCACCACACAUCGGCAACCUCAGCAAGUUGAGAAGACUAGUCCUUGCAGGAAAUUCAUUAUCUGGGCACAUUCCAGAUGUUUUUCAUGGCCUUACUGAGUUGUUAAUCCUUGAUCUAAGUGGAAACUCACUAUCUGGGCCUUUGCCUCCAUCAGUUGGAAGCUUAACUUCACUGUUGAAGCUUGAUGUGAGCAACAAUCAUUUAGAAGGCAAUCUGAUAAAAGAGAUUGGCCAUCUCAAGAGCUUGACCCUCAUGGACCUCAGGAACAACAAAUUCUCCGGGGGGUUGUCACAAUCUUUUCAAGACAUGUAUUCAUUAGAAGAAUUAGUCUUGUCAAAUAAUCCAAUAGGUGGAAGCAUGAGGAUCCUAAAUUGGGAAAACCUUCCGAACCUGACAGUUCUUGAGCUCUCAAAUGUGGGAUUGAGAGGGGAAAUUCCCAAGUCACUAUCAAAAUUGAAGAGAUUGAGACAUUUAGGUCUCAGUGACAACAACCUCACAGGAAAUCUCUCUCCAGAACUUGCAACACUUCCUUGUCUCAAUGCACUACACCUGGACGGUAAUAAUCUGACAGGAGAACUUAAAUUCUCUGAAGAGUUCUAUGGAAAAAUGGGAAGGCGUUUUGGGGCAUGGAACAACCCUAAACUUUGCUACCUAGUUGGAGCAAUGUCAACAAGUCAUGUUCCUUUUGGAGUAAAGCCAUGCCAGCAACAGCAACAAGGUCAAAUUGUUUGAAUCAAAUAUUAAAAAACUGUGAAAUUAUUUAGUUCCUGUUCCAUCUGGCUGAAAUUUAUCUUCUUCUUACUUGGUGUGAAUAUAUAAAAUGUUAGCUUUUCACAUCUAGUUAUAGUGCUUCUACUUUUCUACUAUUGAGAUUCAACGUUCUAUUGCUAGUGAUCACUUAUACGCUCAAAUAAUGUAACAAAUGACUGAGAAAGCAAAGGAAUUUGGAGGCUU